CCCCUCACAAAGUACGAUCGGCAUCUCCAAACCACAAUCCCAACAGUAAACGCAACCAUGAAGAAUAAAACGCUUCUUCUUGUAUUUAUCCAUGGCUUCAAGGGCGACGGCAAAACCUUCGCCUCCUUCCCCGAUCACGUCGCCGCCGUCCUCUCCCCCUCCCUCCCCAAUACCACCAUCCUUCCCCUCGUCUACCCCGCCUACGAAACACGCGGUGACCUUGCCGUAGCCGUCGCCUCCUUCCGCACUUGGCUUCUUGACCACGUCAUCGACCUCGAAGUCGCUGCCGAGACGCCCUCUCCCUCCGUCGCGCCUAGUGUUCACAUCGUCCUCAUAGGCCACAGCAUGGGCGGCAUCGUUGCCGCGGACGCCCUCCUCGGCAUAGCGGGCGAGCAGACCAUCUUGCCUAGCGAGGCGAGCCACGCAUCGGAAAAAAACACGCUACCGUCGCCGGCGACGAACCUAUUCCCUAAUAUCAGAGGCGUCCUCGCCAUGGACACGCCAUACCUAGGAAUCAGCCCCGGCGUCCUCGCCUACGGCGCCGAAGCGCAUUACCAGGCUGCCUCCAGUACUUUAGCGCAACUAACUGGACUAGGAAUGUUUGGCGGCGGAGCAGCAGCAGCAGCAGCAGCAGCAGGCGGCGCGAAGUCCCCAACAACGCGGAGUGCCGAUGCACUUAAACUGCCUGCCGCGGAGAGCAGCGCGAAGGAGAAGAACGACGAGGCGCCGGGGUGGGGGACAUGGGGAAAACUGGCCGUGAUUGGAGGUGCAGCAGUGCUAGCUGCGGGCGGGGCGGCGGCCUACGCCAAAAGGCGCGAGAUCGGGGAGGGGGUAAACUGGGCAACAAGCCAUAUGGCGUUUGUGGGGUGCCUUAUGAGGCCUGAGGAGUUGAAGGCGCGGGUUGCGGGGGUGGAAGGGGUGAGCGCAGGGGCGGAGGUGGGAUGGGUAAAUUUAUAUACCAAGUUGGGACGGGGUGCUGAGCCGGGGACUGGGGCGGGAGGGAGGACGUUUUGCAAUUUACCUAAAGGAGGGAAGUGGAAGGAGGAGCUGAAUGAUAAUGCUAAAGAGGAGGUCACGGCGCAUAUGAACAUGUUCGCUCCCGCUUUCAACCCAGGCUACGGACUUCUAACCCACCAUGCUGCUGACUACAUCCUAAAGUGGACUGGCCACCUCUUCACCGACGCCGAUGCCGAAGCCGAGACCGAGGCCGGGCCGGGCUGAUGGCCACAAUCCUCCACCUCCACGGAAGAGCGAUACCCGGACCGCUCGCAUUAUGAAAGACUGCCAAGGUGUAAUAUCUAUUUCCAGAGCGAUCGCCACGGACGGGGGUAUCACGGAUCAGCCGUAGCUUAAUACAGAUCAGAGUCAAGAGGAGCCUCUCAUACCACCUGAGAUCUCUCACCCGAGACUCUAUCCACUAAGAUGGAACUCUCGCGUCUCGGCUGCGGGCCCUUUUAAGAUAAAAAUGGAGCAAAGAACAGCUGGCGCAGAUCAUUGCCACACAGUCAAGCACGCACAGCCGUGUCUAGUAAUCCGUCAAGUGCUAGGCCUGGGUUAUUCCAAAUAUCAACAAUACUUUAUAGCGCUCCUUCCGGUAAUUUCGAGAAGGAUUAAAUAAAUAAUAUAACCUGAUAAAAGCUCCUAGCCUCCCCAUCCUUUCCCCAACCCCGAUAUAAAGCCCGUGUUAUAUAUGCUCUAUCAUGUAUGUGUAUGUAUAUACCCUUUACACCGCCGUCCUAUUUCCCCCAGUAUCCUUUUGUUGGCCCGUUUAUGCCCCCAUGGUCCCAUCCCAUUCCUCAUAGUCAUCGUAAUCGCAUAAAAAAAAAGCCGCCCAUAAACUCAUAAAACCACGUCCUCCCCUCGCGUGCACGCACAAAACACCAAAAGCAAACACCCAACCACACCAGCUCCCAUAGCGCUAGCCCUUAAAAAAGAAAUCCCGCUUCACAUCCC